AUGUCUUCGUCUAUACAAACUAUCCAUCAUUCAGAAAUUGACACACUACUUGAAGAGCAGCGACAGUAUCUACGCAAUAAUCCGCUUUUCCUUGGCAAUCCCGCUUUACUCAACCAUGUGGAAUGGGACAAAAAGGACACGACUUACGACGCGCUCAUCAACAAACGUCAAUCGAACACCGAACCGUCCCAAUUAGCCGACGUUGUCUGUAUCGCAGAAAUUAGCAAGGACAAAUACUGGAUGAUCCCGGGAGCUUUUGCGACUAUCGCCAACAGAGAAAUCGCCAACACCGAUGCGUUCACUCGACAACGUGGUUCUCUCAGGCUGUUUCAGCUGCGAAAGAAGGCUCUCACAGACCUAUGGAAGCCGACGUUGGAUGGAAUCAAAAACCUCUUAACCUCCGUUCCUAAUCCGAGAUCUCGAAUCACUCACACCAUUAUCGAGAACGGAGAAUUUGUUAGGGUUCGACAUGAAUGGUUUGAAGUAUACCUUUCCGCACUCCAUCUAUUCUAUCCCACUCUAACAACGUCACAGCGCAUACCGCCCGAUGAAGCAGAAUACGAAGAGACAUCGCCAGAAGCACCUACCACCUCUGCUGUAACGAUUUCAUCCGACGCUGCAACAGACACGAGCGAUGACGUUGACAAAACGGCAGCACAACUGGACGCUCAAUACGGCAUUCAGACAUGGAACAUGUGUGAAUCUUUCGACUGGGCUCAACAACAUCUACAGCGUAUAAUCGAAGACAAACAACUACGUGGUAUCCCCUUACCCGCCUUCGAUCUACGCAAUGCUAAAGCUCUCCAUCCAAAUGAAUGCGAAUCAGCAUUGAAAGGAGCACUCGCAAAGGUGACGAUGAACAUAACAAGACAGCGUACGUGGGACAAAGACUUCGAAGGACAUAAUCGCGAUGCAGAUGCCUUCUACGCUGAUAUCUCCCAAAUCACCGUCGUUCUUCCACCCGGCUAUGAAGACAUCAUCACUUCGUCCGCAAAACGACGAGGAAUGAACUUACCUGAUGACAUCAUAGCUGCGAAAAAGAAGAUUAAAAAGUAA